UGAUUGUCAAACUAGCUGUCUGAAUCCAUUUGCAACGAUCGAAGAGCAGUGAACAUCGAGGAGAGGUCGUGGAGGAAUUUACCAUCUAGCCACCAUCGCCGUUUCGCCAAUUACACCAUGGCUGAUACCGAAAAGGCGCCGCAGCAGCAACCCCAACAACAACAGCAGCAGCAGCAGCAACAGGACCAGCAAACUCAACCGCAACCGGCUAAAGCCGCUAAACAAAAGCAGGUCAUUGCUGAGAAGGUUUCGGGCACCGUCAAAUGGUUUAAUGUCAAGAGCGGAUAUGGUUUCAUCAACAGAAAUGACACGAAGGAGGAUGUGUUUGUGCAUCAAACGGCGAUCGCCCGGAACAACCCGCGCAAGGCUGUGCGCUCGGUGGGCGACGGUGAGGCGGUGGAGUUUGCCGUGGUCGCCGGGGAGAAAGGCUUCGAGGCCGCAGGAGUGACCGGCCCCGGUGGCGAGCCGGUCAAGGGCUCGCCCUAUGCAGCUGACAAACGACGCGGCUUUCCCCGCCAAUAUUACCCUCGUCAAAGCGGCGGGCGCGGUGGUGAGGGCGCUCCACGCAGGGGAGGCAUGGGACGCCGCGGGCCCCCGGGCGGCCAGGGCGGCCCGGGCGGCGCGCAGGGGGAUGAGGGGCAGGACGGAGGGGCACCACCGCAGAGGAGCUACUUCCGGCGUAACUUCCGCGGCGGACGUCGCGGCGCCGGCGCGCCUGGACCCAUGAACCGCGGCGGCUACCGUCGCGUGCGUCCGCGCAGCUUCCAGUCGGGCGCACCGCGAAUGGACGCGAACGCCGGGGCAGCGGCGGCGGCGGCGGGAGCCGCAGCACCGGCGGCCGCGCCCGUAGCUGCGCCGGGGGCCGCCGACCAGGCCAAGCCGAAGCCGAAGCCGCAGCAGGCGACGCUCGCCGCCGCAACCACCAACGAGAGUCAGGCCUGA